CUGUUACACAUUUAAUCGGCCCAUGGUUGUCGGCUUAACUAGAAGCCUUGUUUAGCAAGAAAGAAAGAGGGAGAGCGAGAGACAAGAAAGCGCGAAGGAAGAAGGCAAGAAGCCACCGGAGGGCGGACGGGGUUUUGGAUAGCUGCCGAUCGAGCUUCCAUCUUUGAGCGAUUAGACGCGGCCGCUUGAUUGGUUCAACCGGAGAGGGAGGAGAGAGAUCGAUCGACCGGUCGCCGAGGGGAGGGACCAAGGAGGAGGCGAGACCACGAGAGCGGCGGGGUGGAUGGGGAUUUCCGGGAGCAAACCACAUGAAGAGUGGAAGCCGGAGCCGAAGCCGGAGAAGGUGGUGGUGCCGCCCCUCUUCGACGCCCCUCACAACGCCGCCCGCACCAGGAUGCUAGUGCCAGGGUACGAGCAAGCGUUUGGGAAGCCCGUGCUCCGCGGCCUGUUCGAGGACUAUUUCGACCUAGCUGGGAGUGUAAAAGCAGGUGUCGUAUUGAAGCUGCUGGAGGAUCCUCAUUUCGACUUGAGUGCAAAUGUAUCCAGUCCAGUUAAGCAUGCUGGCGGGGAGGCUCAGCUUAGGCUGCAGAGUGAGGAUAACCCCGAUACCUUUGUGGACUUUCUUGUGUCAACUUCAAAACUCAAGAUGAAGCUGAGGUCAAGCGUUUAUUCUCCUAUGUAUGGUAUUGGUGCCUUUGGGGCACUCCCCUUGCAUCCGGAGAAUAGCAUGGGUUCAGAAGAGUAUGGCAUCCUGGGUUUACGAUAUGAUUCAGAGAAUCUAUCAAUUGGGGCAACUUUUGUGCCAUCUACCUGCAACUCAUCCAAUGAGGUACCCUAUGGUGCAUGGUUAGUUGGAAGAAUAGGUGGUUUAAGUGCAGGGGCACAAUAUAAGCCACUUGGUGGAAGCAAUCAUCGUAUGCCUUUUGAGGACUUGAACAACUGGAAUUUCGCGGUCAGUUAUGGUUUGGGCUCAACUAGCCUUUUGAGUCCUUCAUUCAACUUUUCCCUAGAGCUCUUGAGAGAUACGCAGCUGAUCGCAUCAUUUUAUCGGCACCAGGUUGUCCAAAGAAAGGUGAAGUUGUGGGGCGAGGGAGAUAAAAUCACAAACUACAUUGAUUUUGGGCUUGAGCUAGAAACAAGGGUGGAUAAGGACAAACCAACAGACAAUGCUGACAAUUCCUCAUUGCAGUUAGCUGCCAACUGGCAGGCUAAUAAGAACUUCCUAAUAAAGGGAAAGCUAGGUCCCUCCAAAUCUUCUGUAGCUUUGGCGUUCACGUCUUGGUGGAAACCUAUGUUUACAUUUAGCGUCACAGCCGUGAAUGAUCAUUCCAAGGAUACCAGAGCAUAUGGAUUUGGAAUUCAUGUCAACGAUCUUGUUAAGGAGCCCAUGUUCUGAUGUUGAGCUGUUCGCAAUGCAAUGUGCAUCACGACCUACAAUUGUGCGGUUUUGACACUAGAUAAGAUUGACUGGCCGGGCACCAAAUGUUUUUGCGGGAGCACGGGAAGAAGCGUGCAUGUUCAGAACAACCAUUGAUUUGGAGAAACUACAUACUAUGACCAUUUCGCACCAGCAUUACGUAUUGGCAAAAUAUUUCUGGACAGUGGGGCAACUGCGGCUCAGCUAAAAUGAUUUACUUUGCCCAUUUAUAGGCUACAGCCAUUUUCUUGGCUUUAGAUUACAGCUAGUUAAUUAGCGAUUCAACAUGAUGAUCACAUCCAACAACAUGUCAGCAAAGUCAGUUUUGUCUUCUAACUAAAUGAAUAUCUGGAACAUGCUUCGUGAUCUGUGAGCUUAA